AUGGUCCGCACCUCCGUCCUCCACGAUGCUCUGAAGAGCAUCAACAACGCCGAGAAGGCCGGCAAGCGCCAGGUGCUCAUCCGCCCUAGCUCCAAGGUCAUUGUCAAGUUCUUGACUGUCAUGCAAAAGCACGGCUACAUUGGCGAGUUCGAGGAGGUCGAUGACCACCGCUCGGGCAAGAUUGUCGUCCAGUUGAACGGCCGCCUGAACAAGACCGCCGUCAUCUCCCCCCGCUACAACGUCCGCCUGGCCGACCUGGAGAAGUGGGUUGUCAAGCUGCUGCCCGCCCGUCAGUUUGGUUACAUCAUCCUGACCACCUCGGCCGGUAUCAUGGACCACGAGGAGGCGAGACGCAAGCACGUCUCCGGCAAGAUCAUUGGCUUCUUCUACUAG